CGUGGCCUUCUAGAAAUCGGCUCGGGAUGAAGACCUGGUUCUGGCUCCGCCGCAGCGCUGCCGGGCGGCCCCCGCCUCGGCCCCCGCGGUUGCGCCUCCCCCUGCCGCUGCACCCGCAGGCGGCCAGGGGCUCGCGGGCGGCGGCUGUGCCGGUGACGGCGGUGCGGCCCCAUGUGGCACUCCGGUAGCGCUCGCUCCUCUCGGCGGCAGUGUCGCAGUGCAGUCUGGCGGGCUUGGUUUUGGUGCUGGCCCUGUUGCUGACCGGCUCUUCUCGAUGCUGGAGGGCAUCAGCUCGAACAUGGUGACCCGCGGCGACUUCCAGGGCUACAUUGCUACCGCGGACGCGCGAGCCGCCCAGCUCACCAAGCGCCUUGACGACCUCGAGCUCAAGAUGAACUCCUUCGAGCAGGCGGAGAACGCGGCGCUGAUGGCUGCGCUCGACGGGCGGGUUGCCGCGCUCCGCUCUGAGCUGCUGGAGUGUGCCCCAGUCUCACGAGACCCGUACGGAUCCGAAGAGGACGUCCGUCCGCCGCAGUUCACGGCGCUGGAGGCGCAGGUGAGGGACCUGUCGGCGGCGGUGCAGGCCUUGCAGCAGCCGCCGACGCAGCCGCCCCUGUCGGCGUGGGCCCGUUUUUCGCCGGGCGCUGCGCGCUCCUCUGGCUCCGGCCGCGGUGGUCCUGCCAGGCUUGCUGGCGAGGCGGCCGAAGCCGACAAGUCCAAGCUGUGGAUCGGCGGAUUCCCGCGGCGCAUGCUGGAGCGCGUCCUAACCGCGCACGGCAAGGCCCUCCUGGCCGCCCUCCCGCAGCACAUCGCUGCCAAGGCCUACCCAAUAGCGAAAAACCUGAACCAGGCCUACGCCCUGCAGUUCGACUCCAUCGAGCAAGCCAGGGACGCGCUCGACCAGUUUAAGAUGCGCGGGAUCACGUGGACUGACCCUCGCAGCCAGCACGUCCUGCCGCUACGUGCGAAGAUGGAUGCCUCCACGGCGGUGCGUGCCAAGCAGCUGCUGCUGGGUAGGCUCUGGCAGCAGGUGCACGCCUACAUGAAGCAGCAGAGCACCUGGAAGGAGGACUACAUCAUGGGCUCCAACGGCCCCAAGGGCAUGCUCUUCAUCACCCAGGACGACGACGUCGAGAUCCUCGCCACGGUGAUCGAGGACACUGGAGGCGCCAAGCAUCUGGACAUGGACUUCGAGAACCUCGCCAAGUUCGGCAUCUCCCGUGACAAGGCGCUGGAGUUCGCUCGAAUGGCGGAGCCCUGAUGGUCUCCACCGCAGUCGGACGCUGCUGACGACGACGGCAGCCUUCACCGGCACCUUUGGCCUGUUGACGAUGGCCUUGCUGCUUCUCUGGGUGCCCAUCCUGAGCGUGCUUCAGACGUGGCGUCUUCAUCCUGCUCUCCGCUGUCUUCUGCUACUCUUUCUCUGUCGGCAGGUGCGUCUUUCGACAACUAUGGUGACGACCAGCAGGGGGUGCUGGGAGUUGCUGGGGAUGCUGCUCGCGCCUGUGUGGGGCGCGACCCGCGUUCGGGAUCGUCGUUGUCUUCUUCGGGCUCGUCCUCGUCCUGCGGGUGCUCUUCGUCCAGUUCAUUUUCUCCGAAUUCAUCUUCUGAUGGGAGUUCCGAGGCGUCUAUAGCUGUUUAUUCGGAUGCCAAGCCUUUCGAGAUCAAGGCUCACCUCUCGACUGCUAGCUGUAAUGCUCACUGCCUGUUCAACCGCCUCCACUCCAACCACC